AUGUUGUCCAUCCCGGACUUACGCGUCGACGUCGACUACAUACGCAGCCAAGGCAUAUUCAGCGGAGCCGGUACCUUCUUCCUUAAACAUGUCGUGACGCAUUGCAGGGCCCGAUUCUUGAUCUUGAUACACCACAGAUACUGCCCCGAAGAGCUGCGAGAGCUGCUCCAAACGCACGGGAGAACUAUCGAUCGCGUCGAGGCGUAUGUACUGCUGGUGCAUAUGGACGGGCGCGGGGAAGACACGCGAGUCGACGGCGACUUUCUGCAGUACCACCGCGUUCUGAAGCUCGCUUGCAUAGUUCUGGAGUACACUGGGGAACUUCUCGAGCUCGCUCUGCCGGCAGGGAAACAGUUGACAAGGAGUGGUACUUCGCGUUCCGGCGGCGGACAUGUGAAGGGGCUGAAGAUCCCUGGAAACACAUUUCGACCAUCGCUCCGCCGUCCGAAGGCAAGUUAUGUCUCAAAGAAUGGCUCGAAGCCACUGUCUAUGGUCCUUACCCUGCUCCAGAAUGUAUUGAGCCUGCCAUCUGAGAAGUUUCGCAAGAGAAUCUGGCCCGAUGGACGCUUCAACUACCUAGACACUGCAGAAGAGUCGGUGGAAACCAUGGCUUUCUUGGUCGAGGAAAAUUGCAAUAGCAUUAAGCAAAGGUAUGGCCAAAUUCGUUCCGAGGAUGAUAGUCGCAUAAGUGAAGCCGAGAGAGAGAAACAUCUGCAAGAGGAGAGGUGCUGGGCCGAGCUGCUUCAUUCCCUCUCGUCAUGCAAGGCGGACAGCAAAAUAAGGGGUAGCGCGAUACGAGAAAAGAUACGUGAGAAGUUCACAGAGCCGCGCAUAUCGUGGACGAACCAAGAAGCCAACCUCAGGUAUCAAGAGCGAUGGUACUGGAGGGUCCUAAAGCUCUACAACCUCAUUCUUGUAAUGCUUUCCAAUAAAGCGAGUAGCAUGCGCGGCCAUAAAGUCCCAGAUCGAUUCGAUAUCCUCUCGGUGCAUCACCUCCUCGAAGCUGAAGGGCCACAUGCCGAUCGCUACAUGAACGCCCUCAGGACGUCACGGCUACUCGAUUCUUUGCAAUUAGCCAAUGAUGGUCUCGAAUUCUGGGAGACACCUGAAACGUUCGACUGGACGGAUGUGGCUUCUGUCUCUCAUGCUGUUUCCCAACUCGACACUGCAAUAAAUGGAUCAUCAAGGCGUUGA